AUGGUCAUGAAGGUCGACAGUAAAGCUGAAGAGAACAUGACAACAAGUUCGUUUGCCUCUUCAGGUCCUCCAACUUCUCUUCCUUCUUUUGUCCACGAAUGUCUCUACAAUGCUCAUAUCCAGCAUAGCCGACAUCGGAAAUCUAAUGAUAAUUCGUCAAGUGCCAUAUAUUCCCGCUCUAUGGAAACAACAAGCAAGAAUGAUGUCACAAAUAUACUUCCGACGUCCUUUCCAAUAUACGACACACACGAAAAUAAGCAGCAACUCAACCUGCUAUCUGCAGGUUCACCAGUUACAGCUGUUUCUGUGAGAAGCUGUUCGCAAGAAGAGCGAUUUAUCAAGAAUGUGCAGAAAACCGCCUUGCUGUCGAAGUCUCCAAUCAGCGUACAACCUCAGGACUCAAUUACCGCGAGUGGGCCGACUGUCCCUACUCAAUCACCCAUCAAUCACUCCUCGGGCCAGAACAGCUCCACCCAAGGUGAUAACCGCGUUCAGAAUCAGGAUUUCAAGGCGUUCAAGUAUGAUAUACCGGGCCUGGAGUUCAUGUAUCGCUUCCCGGGUGCUUCUGAUCUUUACGUUGGAUUUGAAGACAUCGUACGGCCGGAUACCACAGAACUUGAGAACUGGCAUCAGAGGAUAGAACCUAGGCUUUUAACUGACAUCAAGGAGUUUCAGAAGAAGAUGAUGAAAAGCAGUAAAGUUCGUUGGGGCAGAUCUGGGCCACUCAUAUCUCCACAGCUCCGUAUGUCUGGCCACUCCGUUACCGGAACCACCACGAUUACGUUGUUACCUUGUAUUUGGAUCCUCUAUGACAAAGCCAAGUGGAAGAGAGAUGUGCAGAAAUUUGUGAGAGAGUUAGAGUGGCUAGAAUGUGAGGGUUUCGGGAAGAUUGAGGUACACAAAGGCGCCAAUCUUGCCGCUCUAGAUGGGCCGUCCUUUGUUAGCGGGCUGGACCUGGACGAGACUCAGGCUUUGCAUCUCCAGGAUGGAACCUCGCUCCACCUACACCUUGAAAGUCCCCAAGGCGUUUCGGCUUGUGGGCUGUUAUGUUGCGCUACUCUCACGCGGCAUGGUGCUGUACUCGAUCAGCGUCUCUCAAGGAUAGGAGGUCUCAUAUCCGUUGAUGGAGUAAACUUCGGUGCGACCACCGCCCAUGGGUUAAUGGAGUGCCUCUGGGGUCGAGGAUCCGAGACUGCGGAUUCUAGCAAUGAAUCAUGUGAUCUCGAGUCCUUGGGCUCAGAUGGAUCAGACUCUGAGAUGUCCCAAGACCAGAGUGAUGAAGAAGAAUAUGUCGAGCUACUGGGAGGGAUUAAUGCUUCUAGCAUUACGGGAUGGGAUCAUUCUCUUAUGACUGGAGGCAUAGGCUUUCUUGACAAUCACGCAUGCGAUUUGGAAUCAUUUAUUCAACAGAGUCGUGCGUCGCCGGAACUUCCGCCAGAGUACAACAUGGUCCAGAAUACAAACGGAGGCUUCGCCAGUUCGGCGAACCAGUCUCCUGUUUUGAGAGGUUCUGACUUUACACUACUACGCAAUGGAAACAUCGACGACCUAAAAAAUACAUACACUACGAAGGACCUCAGAACGAUAGAGGUAGAUACCGUCUUUACAUGGGAUGAUGCGUCUGCGGGUCCCGUUCAACUUCUACUUGGACACGAUCAGGUUUUAGGCGGUAUACUAAUCCCAGGUUCCACAUCACUUGUCAUGCAUGGCUUUGAGUUUAAGAGUCGUAAGAUUCGCACGACAGGUCCUCUAGCGCAGGGCUGUUCAGGCUCUUGGGUCGUCCGUGACAGACAACUUUGCGGAGUCAUCAUCGCAUCAUACGAGGCUGAGCCAUAUGUUCAUAUUAUCACCGCAUGUGAUAUGCUGCUCGAUAUCUCAGCAUUGAGCGAUCCCUGUCAAAGCAAGGGGACGGUUGUACCACUACGAGGCUCUCACAUUACAAAGAGUACUGACAAUUCCACUGAGUCAGCACUGUCUGUAUUGGGUGUCAAACUUACUCAGGUACCACGCCAGGCGCUAUCAGCUCUUAGCGUUGCUUGGCCAGAUCCUAUGGAGCUUUCCAACCGCCGUCUCUGGCAAAAGCGAAUCGGGACUGCGCGUAUUCACCAGGAUGAGAGUCAUGGACAUGCGAAUAGCUCUGUAACUGAGUUUCAAGAGCUUAUUUCAGAAAACAUCCCAUACAUUGAUCCGGAAACUAUUAGAAAUCAGACACAAGACUUAGUCUAUUGCUUUAUCACAAAGUACAAUACUGAGAAGCUCUACCACGCCGAAGCUGAAUACUUGAGCACCCUCAUUGAGCCUCAUGUUCCAUUGGCCUUUCUUGAUCAUCGUUCAAGGCUACCUUCAAGGACAGUUGCUCGAAUAUAUGACCUAAAGAGUAACAGGAUUAACAUGUCGUCUUCGAAAGACUAUGGCGCUCUCGGCGUCGAACAGUUCUACCACAUAUUAAGUGAAAAGCGCUUUCAGCAUCCGGAAGAGUACCGAAGAGACCGACGAUUGAUAUAUAUGGCAGACCCUGAUCAACACUCAAUGGUCGCGCUCAUGUUGACAGCGUCCAAAAGUCAGACGAGUGCUUUGGGCAGAUUGUUCUACCAGCAUAUGGCACUUAAACCUCAUCUUGGACCUAAUGUACUGUAUCAGAGCUCAGGACCCUUCACCUUCUCUUUUUCUUUUCCAUUCUACUCGCUGCAAUGCGGGAAGAAAGCUCCCGCAGAUCACAGACGCAAAACAGACGGUACUCCUCUUCGAAAGGUCCAGAAGUUGAUCACGCACCCGAUGGAUGACCAAGAAGAUUACCUCUACGAAUCACAGAUAUCAGUUCUCGUCACUGGAAUCAACAGCCGUGUAUGGACCAGUUACUGUCUUCUUGAUACGUAUUACAAACAAAAAAGUACAAGUCGGUCCCCCGAUGAGUACGACGAUGCCAAAGCCUUGCUCCAUGGCUUUCGGGAUAAUUCACUCGGCAUUGUGGAUCCUUUACCGUGCAUACCUAUCUUAGAUCCAGGGGAGUAUUUUCUACAAGCCCUUGAAGGUCAGGUGCGCAUGUUGCUACAGGAGUGGAAUCAUACGACAGAAAUCCUAUACUGCCGGUUCCGGGCAUAUGCCGGAAAAGAAUCCUUCCUCUCUUCAGUGAACGACAUCGAGGUACUCGAGGCUUUCAACAUCCUAAGGAAUUUCAUUACAUCAGGUCAGAUCCCUACCACUGGAACUCGAUUCACAACGAACCGGAAUAAGUCGUCGUAG